AUGGCUGCCCGCUCUGAAGCGCUGUCCCCUCAGAACCCAGAGGAGGAGCACAGUCACAGCCUCUCCCGAGUGGACGGCUGCACGGAUUGGUCGGUGGAUCUCCUGAAAUACAAAGUGCUUUUAGGGGAACCUGUAAGGAUUAAGUGUGCUUUGUUCUAUGGAUAUAUCAGAGCGAACUACAGCCACGCACAGAGCGUGGGACUCAGCCUCAUGUGGUACAAAAGUACAGGACAUGGCGACUUUGAGGAACCAAUCAGUUUUGACGGCGCGCGAAUGAGCAAGGAGGAGGACGCGAUAUGGUUCAGACCGACGGAAAUUCAAGAUGGAGGACACUACUCCUGUGUGUUGAGGAAUUCAACAUAUUGCAUUAAAGUGUCCAUGUCAUUGACUGUGGCGGAGAAUGACACUGACCUCUGCUACAACUCCAAGAUGCGAUACUUUGAGAAGGCGGAACUAAGCAAAAGCAAAGAGAUCACCUGCCCAGACAUUGGGGAUUAUAUGCAACCAGGAAAGGAACUGGACAUUUUGUGGUACAAGGAAUGUAAGCCCAAGCAAUGGAGACAAAACAUCACGAGGAGGAGAGAUACUCUGUCGAUAAAGGAAGUGCGAGAAGAUGACAUUGGAAAUUACACAUGUGAAUUACAGUUUGGAAGUUUCCUGGUGAGGAGGACCACCGAGCUAUCAGUCACCGCCCCGUUGACAGACAAGCCUCCAAAGAUUCUAUAUCCAUCUGAGAACAAAAUGAGCACCAUGGAGAUGACAAUAGGAAGUCCAGUCAACCUGACGUGCCGGGCCUUCUUCGGCUACAGCGGCGACGCCAGCCCGCUCAUCUACUGGAUGAAGGGAGAGAAGUUCAUCGAGGAUCUGGACGAGGAGAGGGUCCAGGAGAGCGAGAUCAAGACUAUCCGGGAGCACCUGGGGGAGCAGGAGGUGUCUGUGUCGCUGACGGUGGAGGCGGUGGAGGACGGAGACCUAGGGAACUACUCCUGCUACGUGGAGAACGGGAACGGCAGACGGCAGGCCAACAUCCAGCUGAUCAAGAGAGCAGAGCUCAUGUACACUGUGGAGCUGGCAGGCGGGUUGGGGGCCAUCUUGUUACUUCUGCUGUGCCUGGUCACCCUGUACAAGUGCUACAAGAUCGAGCUCAUGCUGUUCUACAGGAACCACUUUGGCAGCGAGGAUCUGGACGGAGAGAACAAGGACUACGAUGCCUACCUGUCGUACACCAAGGUGGACCCGGACCAGUGGAGUCAGGAGGCAGGAGAAGAGGAGCGUUUCGCUCUUGAGUUCCUGCCUGACGUUCUGGAGAAGCACUAUGGGUAUAAACUCUUCAUUCCAGACAGGGACUUGAUCCCCACAGGAAGUUUCACCAAUGAUCAUUUCCAGGAUGAUACAAGACUUCUUAGAGCCUACAUUGAGGACGUGGCCCGCUGCGUGGACCAGAGCAAGCGCCUCAUCAUCGUCAUGACGCCCAACUACGUGGUGCGUCGCGGCUGGAGCAUCUUCGAGCUGGAGACCCGCCUGCGGAACAUGCUGGUCACCGGGGAGAUCAAGGUCAUCCUGAUCGAGUGCGCCGAGCUGCACGGCAUCAUGAACUACCAGGAGGUGGAGGCGCUCAAACACACCAUCAAGACCCUGACCGUCAUCAAGUGGCGCGGGCCCAAGUCCAACAAGCUCAGCUCCAAGUUCUGGAAGCAGCUGCAGUACGAGAUGCCCUUCAAGCGCAUGGAGCCCAUCAUCUCCCACGAGCAGGUGCUGGACGUCAGCGAGCAGGGCCCCUUCGGCGAGCUCCAGACCGUCUCCGCCAUCUCCAUGGCAGCCGCGACCUCCACCGCCAUGGCGACGGCGCACCCAGACCUGCGCUCCACCUUCCACAACUCCUACCACACCCAGAUGAGACAGAAACAUUACUACCGUAGCUACGAGUACGACAUCCCGGCCUCCAGCACGCUGCCCCCGCUCGCCUCUCUGGGCAACCAGCACACGUAUUGCAACAUCCCCAUGACUCUCAUCAACGGGCAGCGGCCACAAGCGGUCGCCAAAUCGCCUCGAGAGCAGAGCAUCGAGGAGGCGCACUCCAACAACUCCAUGCUGCCCCUGUUGCCCAGGGAGACCAGCAUCUCCAGCGUCAUCUGGUGACAAAGCCGGCGCGGGGAUAGGCUCUGGGUCACACAGUGGGCAGCUCACCCACAGGUACAGCUCUGUCAGCUGUGGCAGGAGAACCCUGAUGGCACUAAACGCUGCUGUUGAUUUUUUUGCACCAGGACACCACAGGGCGACAGAAACACAGGACACUUGGGUGUCUGUUUGUUUUUUUGAAGGAGAACUGUUGUUUGAAAACAGGAGAACAGCGAAGAACUUGAUAGGCUUGGUGAAACAUGCCUGUAUAAAGAUUCACGGAAACACGUACGUUCACAUACACAGAAACUGGAGGUAAACAGGGUCUUGUACAUAUGCUUUCUAUUUCUUUGUAGCAUCAUGUUUGUUUUGGGUUGUUUUUGUUUUUUCGUUUCAAUUGAAGACGUUUUUAAUCAUCCGAUCUUUGGAGUCGGUUUUGACUUCCUGUUUUUUGUCAACUUGUUUGUUUCUACUCGAGUUUGAAAGUGAUUUGCUGGUCUGUGAGGUUUAUUGGCUGAACUAUUGUAACUUUUAUCUCGACUCGUUGACAGGUGUACUUUAACACGCUUUUUGUUUGUUGGUUUUAGUGUCGUAGUUUUUGCGGCAUUAGAGGAAGAGGUGAGGUUGGACCAGUACGAUGUCAUUUGUGUCAGACCUGCGGAAAGGUCAUCUGGAUGGGAACUCGUUUUCUAGGGGCACUUCAAACACAACUAGAUUAUGCAAACAGGAGGUCGGAGAGGUCUAACAGGACGACCACACAUGAGGCUGGUGCUAGACUUCUCACAGUCAUCCACCAAGUGUGAACGCUCGCAACCUAGCGAUUUCUCCAUUUUUUCUUUUUUUUUUGCUAUAGC